AUGCCCGGUCAACCAGGCCGUAUGAAGCGUAGGCAGAGGGAGUGGCUGGCCAGGAAACCUCGCAUCAUUGUAUCUUCUGCCCCAAAUGAGCUGGCCCACUACUAUGAUAAGAGAGCGGUCCCUCAUAAUCCUCGGCCCGUGAAUAAGAAGAAAAAACCUCGCCGGAUUGAAAAGAAAGUGAAAGAGGUUUUGGCAAGGUUUGACCUCCCUCCUCCCACACUUGUUGAAUCUAAAGAUUUUCCGGUGGCUAUCCCAUGCACCCUUCCAGAUGCCGGGAAAACCCGUCCAGAGUUCUGGGUCAUUGCUUUCCGUGCCAACACAGAAGGUGAUAAUAGGCAAGUGUUGGAAGCUUGGAAAGUGGUUAAAGACUCGGGUAUCAAACCGGCUUGCCGUCCCAGUGGUCGAUCCAAAGCUGAGGAUGACCCUUUUCAUCCUGGGAUAUGGCUACCGUCAACACAACAUGACAUUCCAUUCCUCUCGGUAGAUGGUCGGCACGCUGAACUGCAAGCUUUCAUGAAGGUGUUUGAUAAAGUUGCAAAAGGGGCGCCUUCCAAGCUGCUUAGGGUUCAUGAUUUGAACACCCAGAAGCGGAUGGGAUUAGCAUCUUUUGCUUCUCCUUACCUUGCAAACACCAUGGAUCAUGUUCCGACAGGUGAUCAUUGGACCAUGCGCCUUGGUAAACUUGGAGCUGCUUUGGCUGUCAAUGAGGGACAGAGCGAAGGUUGGCAUUUUGAUCGUAAUGAUGAUGACUCAACAUAUUCGGUGGUGUCUGUGUUUGGUGAAGGAUGGCUUGUGAUACCUCAGUUGAACGUGGAGUUUGAGCUGUCAGUUGGUACAGUUUUGUUCUUCCAGGCGUCACAUCUCGCCCACUAUGUACGUCCACCCAACAAAGAUGACAAAGGAAAGAGGUUGGUGGUCACCAGCUUCACUUGUGCGGGGAUGAACUUGGAACCCGGAGAAAUCUUUGAGCGUGCCAAGGAUGAGGAGAAUCAGAGUAUGCAACACAAUGAGCCUCUGCAUGUCAGAAGUCUACGGAAUCACCCUUUUCACACCAUUCAAGUGGCGUUGGUGCCCAACACGUUCAUAGCACCUACCAAGGUGCCUGCUCCAGCCCCAGUAGUUCCAGAUGGGCCUGCUUCCGCUACACCUUCUUCUUCCAACAGCUGCACAUUGGACCGGCGAGUGGAACGGCGAGCACGCUUGGGAGAAGGUGUCCCAGGGGUUGCCGGUGUCGAAGAACUGGGAGCAGCACCACCAAACCGGAUCGAUCAAGCGGACAAGACUCACACCAUAGAUGCUACCUCCCAAAAUGAAGAUGCGGUUCACACAGUCGGUCUCAACAACACCAGUGGAGAUCACCAUGACAGGGCAGCCCGAAGGCACCUUAGUCAUAUACGAAGAAUCUGUAUUGUCAGACCGGAUCUCACGCCACAUACACUCACCAUCCAGGUCGGCCCAAGGAAACGUCUCAAUCGAGGUUGCAAAGAUCUGCAUGGGCUGAUCCUUCGAACCGCUAUGGGCCAUCGAGCCCCAGAACGCCACCACCUCAUCAAUGACAGGCGGAGUGUUGGUGAAGGCGUGGGUGUGUACCAUGACAUCAUGGAUGCUGGUGGGGAAGCUCAGCACCAACGAGAACAGGUGCUGGCGAGGCUUGUCACUGGCGGCUACGGUGUCAUCGGUGAUGAGGAGCGCCGCAUAGACAUAGCAGGAGGAGUUGGGAGUGGCGGUGACCAUGAUGCGAGUUCACUGACCUCUUUGUAG